AUGGGAUUUAGCAAUAUUAACAGAUAUAACACAUCAUCUGAACUUGUUAAAUCUAAAACUACAAGGAAAAAAAAACUCGUAAGUACAUUGUUCGGUUCAGUAAAAGCUUUCCAAAAUAAAUUAUCUUUAUUUCUAAAUCAAAUUGAAGAAUUAAAUUUCUCCCAUUUUGAAUGUUGUGCUACUUUAAAAACAGAAGAUUGUGGUAUAUUUCUAAAACAAAGGUGCAUUAAAAUUAUUAACACACUUAUUCGUGAAUUUGAAAAUCGUUUUAAAGACAUUCGAACUAAAGAACCAAUUAUAAAUCUAUUUGAAAAUCAAUUUAAUAUAAAUCCGGAAAUUGUCGAAGCUUCUUUACAAUUAGAAAUUAUAGAACUCCAAUCUAAUAAUUCUUUAUGA